UUCCUCAGCUUAGCUCACAAUCAGGUAGCUCGAGCUCUCUUUCCUCUGCCUGCUAGCGAGAACAGCCGCACGAGGCCGGGCCUUGUCGUCGUUUGAGCAAGCUGCAGAGAUGUCGCAGAGGGCGGGCAGGCACCAGCGGCGGGCGUCGCAGAGCGUGUUCGUGCUCCCGGAGAACUUCGCCCUGGAGGACGUGCCGGCGGCCGUGGCCGAGGGCGGCGUCGAGCAGCGGAAGCCCGCGGCGGCGGACGCCCCCGAGCUGCAGGCGGCCAGGCAGGCGGGGCGCCACCGGCGGGCCAUGUCCAUGGCCGUCGCCUCCAGGGACCUGGAGAUGAUCUCCGAGGACAUCGGGAGCUACAAGUACGGCGCGUAGGGGAUGAACGCGCCCGGUGGCGUGCGUGUGGUAGUAGCGGCUGGUGCGUGCACGCGCUCCUCCGGCUCCGGUUCGUUGAUUCUCGGGCCGUUCAGUUAGGUGCAGAAGGAGGUGGCGGUGUUCCGAUCGAGUCCGGUGUCCUGUCCUUUGCUGGCGUUGAGUUCCUCGAUGAAUCGAUGCUUCUUCUCUAUAUCAACGUGUACUUGCCUUCUCCUUGAUCUAGAAGUAAAUAAAAAAAAUCUUCAGCUUCA